AUGAGUACCGAUACUCCAACAACAGAGGAGAGAGACGAGCAGAAGGAGUUUGAGACAGGUCCAUUAUCAAUCUUGAUGGAAAGUGUAAACAAGAACACUCAGAUACUUAUCAAUGUUAGAAACAACAAGAAGCUGCUGGGUCGAGUCAGAGCAUUCGAUCGUCAUUGUAACAUGGUUUUAGAGAAUGUCAGGGAGAUGUGGACAGAGAUACCAAAGACAGGAAAGGGAAAGAAGAAGGCAAAGCCUGUCAACAAAGAUAGAUUCAUCAGUAAGAUGUUCCUCAGAGGUGACUCUGUCAUCCUAGUGCUGAAGAAUCCACAUGGAACAUAA